CCGAGCCCGAGCGCUCUUGCUGCUUCGGGGAGCCUGGGAGGCUCCGCGCUGGCAGGAUGUGGCUGAGCCCAGAGGAGGUGCUGGUGGCGAAUGCGCUGUGGGUGACAGAGCGCGCCAACCCCUUCUUCCUGCUGCAGCGGCGCCGCGGCCACGGCAAGGGCGGCGGCCUCACGGGUCUUCUCGUGGGAACACUGGAUGUUGUCUUGGAUUCCAGUGCCAGAGUCGCCCCUUAUCGAAUCCUUCACCAGACUCAGGACUCUCAGAUCUAUUGGGCCGUUGCCUGUGGUUCUUCCCGUAAGGAGAUCACAAAACAUUGGGAGUGGCUGGAAAAUAACUUGCUACAGACAUUGUCCAUCUUUGAGAAUGAAGAAGACAUCACUACCUUUGUCAAGGGCAAGAUACACGGCAUCAUUGCUGAAGAAAACAAGAACCUGCAACCUCAGGGAGAUGAAGAUCCAGGAAAAUUCAAAGAGGCAGAACUGAAGAUGCGAAAACAAUUUGGAAUGCCCGAAGUGGAGAAGCUGGUCAAUUACUAUUCCUGCAGCUACUGGAAAGGACGAGUACCCAGGCAGGGAUGGUUGUACCUGACUGUCAACCACCUUUGUUUCUACUCCUUCCUUUUGGGCAAAGAAGUAACCUUGGUGGUCCAGUGGGUGGAUGUAACUGAGUUGGAGAAGAAUGCCACCCUGCUAUUCCCUGAGUGCAUCAAAGUUAACACCAGGGACAAGGAGCUGUACUUCUCCAUGUUCCUCAACAUCAAUGAGACCUUCAAGCUUAUGGAGCAAUUGGCCAAUAUUGCCAUGCGGCAACUGCUGGACAAUGAAGGCUUCCUGGAGGACAAGUCCCUCCCCAAGCCUGUUAGGCCUCUCAAAAACAUCUCAGCCUUAAAAAGAGAUCUGGAUGCCAGAGCCAAAAAUGAAUGCUACCGGGCAACUUUCCGGUUGCCAAAGGAUGAACGGCUAGAUGGACACACUGACUGUACCUUAUGGACCCCAUUCAAUAAGAUGCAUAUCCCUGGCCAGAUGUUCAUCUCCAACAAUUAUAUUUGCUUUGCCAGUAAAGAAGAAGAGGCUUGUUAUCUCAUAAUACCACUGAGAGAGGUGACAGUGGUUGAAAAAGCUGACAGCUCCAGCGUGUUACCGAGCCCAUUGUCUAUUAGCACCAAAAGUAAAAUGACCUUCUUGUUUGCCAAUCUAAAGGACCGAGAUUUUUUGGUCCAGAGAAUCUCAGAUUUCCUUCAGAAAACAUCAGCUAAGAAGCCACAUGCUGGCAGCGGAGAGAAGUCUGGAGUCACAGACCCAGUACAAGGGGAGGAGGGCAGUGAUCUGCCUGUCAGCCCAUCCUCUACCCUCAACAGUCAGCUGACCUCCUUCUUAGAGGAGGCUCCAACUGCUUCUCAUGGACUUCUCAAACUUUUUCAAAAAAACUCAUCCACAGAGUUUCUUGGACCCAAGGGGGCAAAGGAGAAGAUGAAAGAAGAAUCUUGGAAUAUUCACUUCUUUGAGUAUGGACGUGGCAUGUGCAUGUAUCGUACAGCAAAGACCCGGGAGCUAGUUUUAAAGGGUAUUCCCGAGAGCCUCCGUGGAGAACUCUGGCUCCUCUUCUCAGGAGCCUGGAAUGAGAUGGUGACCCACCCUGGAUACUACGCUGAGCUGGUGGAGAAAUCCAUGGGCAAGCAGAGUCUUGCCGCUGAGGAAAUUGAGAGAGAUCUGCACCGUUCCAUGCCUGAACAUCCAGCCUUCCAGAAUGCAAUGGGCAUCGCUGCCCUUCGGCGAGUGCUAACUGCAUAUGCUUUUCGAAACCCAACGAUUGGAUACUGCCAGGCCAUGAACAUCGUGACGUCGGUGCUGCUUCUGUACGGCAAUGAGGAAGAGGCUUUCUGGCUGCUGGUGGCUCUCUGUGAGCGGAUGCUGCCUGACUACUACAACACCAGGGUGGUAGGUGCACUUGUGGACCAAGGCAUCUUUGAAGAGCUCACAAGGGAAUUCUUGCCUCAGCUCUCAGAGAAGAUGCAGGACCUAGGGGUUAUUUCCACCAUCUCCCUCUCCUGGUUUCUUACUCUCUUCCUCAGUGUUAUGCCUUUUGAAAGCGCUGUGGUCAUUGUUGACUGUUUCUUCUACGAGGGGAUCAAGCUCAUUUUGCAGGUUUCCUUGGCCAUCCUGGAUGCCAACAUGGAGCAGCUAUUGAAUUGCAAUGACGAAGGUGAAGCCAUGACAGUUCUGGGCAGAUACCUGGAUAAUGUGGUGAAUAAGCAAAGUGUUUCUCCCCCUAUCCCACACCUACAUGCGUUACUCACCAGUGGGGAUGAGCCUCCUCCUGAAAUCGAUAUUUUUGAACUCUUGAAAACAUCCUAUGAGAAAUUUAACAGUUUAAGAGGAGAGGACAUUGAACAAAUGCGGUUUAAACAAAGACUAAAAGUCAUCCAGUCCUUAGAGGACACAGCGAAAAGGAGUGUGGUCCGAGCUAUAUCUAGUGACAUUGGCUUUUCCAUGGAAGAGUUAGAAGAGCUUUACAUGGUGUUUAAGGCCAAAUACCUGAUGAGUUGUUACUGGGGAAAUAACCGCAUGGCAGCCAUUCGCAGGGACCAGAGCCUGCCCUAUCUGGAGCAGUACAGAAUCGAUGGGAACCAGUUCAGGGAACUCUUUGUCAGCUUGACCCCCUGGGCCUGUGGUUCUCACACUCCAGUGCUGGCUGGACGGAUGUUCAGACUUCUGGAUGAAAACAAGGACUCUCUCAUCAACUUCAAGGAGUUUGUGACUGGGAUGAGUGGGAUGUAUCAUGGAGACCUAACAGAGAAGCUUAAAGUUCUUUACAAGCUACAUCUUCCUCCAGCCCUGAGCACAGAGGAAACGGAGUCCGCUCUGGAGGCGACACACUUCUUCCCAGAAGACCUCUCUGCAGAAGAAGCUGCAUCUCCUGAAGAAAAAGAAGGAAGAAGUGGAGACUUUAAAGAUAAAAGAGAAGAGAAGGGGGCCAACUCCCCAGACUACAGGUACUACCUUCAAAUGUGGGCCAGUGAGAAAGAGUCCAAGAAAGAAACUAUUAAAGAUCUUCCCAAAAUGAGCCAGGAACAAUUUAUUGAAUUGUGCAAGACCUUUUAUAAUAUGUUCAGCGAGGACCCAGUAGAACAGGAGCUGUAUCAUGCCAUCGCCACUGUGGCCAGCCUCCUUCUCCGCAUUGGAGAAGUUGGCAAGAAAUUCUCCGGCCGGCCCCACAAAAAGCCAGAGGGCAACUCAGCCAGCAAUGAACAGGAUUUGACAAGUGAGGAAGAGUCUCUCCCAUCAGAACACAGGCAGAGCUCAGCUGGGGAGCAGCAUUCCCCUGUGGAGCCAGAACAUAAAGCUGGGGGAGACAUGCAGUCCGCAAAGACACUGCGGGAGAACCAACUUGUAAGUGAGGAAGGGCGAGGAGAAGGGCAGGGAUCUCCCUCCCAGCUGUUGUCAGAUGAUGAAACCAAAGACGACAUGUCCAUGUCUUCCUAUUCCAUGGUGAGCACCAGCUCCCUGCAGUGUGAAGACAUUGCUGAUGACACUGUGCUGGUGGGGUGUGAAGCAGGCAGUCCUGCCUCCAGGUAUGGCAGCACCAUUGAUAUUGAUUGGUCCAUAUCCUUUGAGCAGAUCUUGGCUUCCAUACUUACAGAGACUGCACUGGUGAACUUCUUUGAAAAAAAGGUGGAUAUUGGCCUGAAGAUCAAGGAUCAGAAGAAGAUGGAAAGGCAGUUUAGUUCAUCCAGUGACUAUGAACUCUCCUCCAUUUCAGGCUGACCCUCGUGUGAAUGAACAGUAAGGUUUUAGAAGGUAAAUGGGUGAGAUUGGACCAUUGUGGCACAAGAUGGGAGAAUUUUUUUCUUAUUUUAACAAACAAGCCCAGAAUUCUCCACCACAUCAGUGAUAGGCAUAAUUGAAAAGGGAGGGUUUUUCCCAAGUGGCUAACGAGUAUAGACACCUUACUUCUCUGGCCAAAAUUGUUUGGGGCACGGAGGAGCAAAACUGUUGUAAUCUUACUGCUAUCAGAAACUCCUGGUGCCCGAGGCUCAGAGAACCACACAGUAAAUCAUGCAUGUCUGCCUCUGCUUGUAUAAUUUUCAGGAGUUAUUAUUAAAGCAGUGUUUGUUUGGGGUACAGCUGCCCUCUCUAUGCCCUGCCUUCACAGGUUCCUGGGUGAUUUUGCACAGAGGAUGUAGCUUAGCAGGAAACCAUCCCCUCCUUUGGCCAUCUGCCUCUCAGCCACCACACUAUGUAAAUGCACAGGGCGCUGGUCUCUGAAGGCAGACUCCCAGGACCCCUGCUGUAAGGCAGCAAGCCUGCACUAGUUCAUUUGCCCCCGUGGUUCAGUCUGCAGUUCCUGGUUUCAGUGACCUACCAGUACAGCUCUGGUUGGGCUGUCACUUAGCCUUUUGCUAGGAGAUAGGUUUUGGUUUUAACCCUUCAUAUGUGAGUUAGGUGCUAAAAUCAUCCAUCCCUUCAGGUUGCUUUGUAGGGAGGGCAGAGCUCACUGAGGUUGAAGCCUGGAGGGAAGGUGGAGAGGAAUUUUGUAAAGCAGGCCUCCAAACUUGGGAGACAUGUGAACAUAAUUACUGCUGCUUUCAUUAUUAUCCAUUUCAUUUCUUUCACUAUUAACAUUUAAAAGAGCACCAGAUGUUUCUUGGUAUAUCUUAUUUUAGUCAUUUAAGUUCGCUUAAAAGUGAAUCACUGUUCAGUGCCUACCUAAUAAUAUGCCCUGAAAGAAGAGUUCCUCCCCGGAUGUGGUAUGGAAGCCCAGAGCCGACAUGCUUCCGCAGCUUCCAGAACGACAUCCAAAGAGGUGGCUUCUCGGGCUGCUGGGAGCAGAGCCUACUACAGAAGGAAUCCCUGCCCUAUAGGCCCCUCUGGGGGAGAGGGAAGUUCUGCAGAGAGCUGAAAUGGGCUCUGAGGAGGGGCCAUAUUGUUACAGCUUACACAGGCUCCUCCUGAGCUCUUCAGUGACUGGCUAAGACUUGGUGCUCUCCCUCACUGGGAAAGAAAGGGACAGACCACGAAACUACGGUUCCCCUUCCUCCAGAGCCAGGCAUGGAGAGGGAGGGAGGGAAGAGGCUGUGCUCUGGUUUAGCCCACUACAGAAGGUACCCAUGUGAGGAAGUUUGGGAAGGCAGGAAAAAAGUCUUCAGUGUAGGGCCCUCCAUGGCCUUUCCCCUGAGAGGGAUGCCACCCCUAGGCAUCCUUGGCUUCUACUUCUGCCUCCUCAGCUAUGGCCAGAAACCUUCCUGCUUUUUACUAAAUGCUGUAACUUAUUGUAAUUGAUUUUAAAAUAAAAAUACUCUACAUGGUCUUA